AUGAAUUGCCAGACUAUAGAGAAUCCUAUUGAGAAACAGUGGUUUUCUUCUGAGGAGUUGGAAUGCAAAAUCUGUUACAACCCUUACAAUCUGAAGAACAGGAGACCCAAGUUGUUGGAGUGCUUUCACAGGGUGUGUGCCAGAUGCCUGCACAAAAUUGUAGACCUUGGCGACUCCUCACAAAGUAUAAUUAGCUGUCCCUUCUGCAGGUAUGAGACCAGUGUAUUAGUCGAUGAAGUUGGUGGACUCCCAGAUGAUAAUAAUAUUCUUGCUGUCCUUGUAUGCAAGGAGAAGAAUAGGAAGUUUGCCAUGGAUAGCCCAUCGGAGCUUCUGCUGACUCCAAAAAGGUUAUCUUCCUUUGGAAGCCCCUCCCGAUCCUCAAACUGUCUGGUUAUAACCAUCAUGGAGGUUCAAAGAGAAUCCCCACAAUCUCAGAGCUCAGCAUCAGUCACGGAAUUCUAUGACUCCAAUUUUGGUUCAAUGGCCUCAAUGUCUCAGCAGUGGGCAAUUUGGAAUUGCACUCCCCUUCUUUGUCGUACAAUAGGCAGAAUUCUAGUCUGGCUAUUGGGACUGCUGUACUUUGGCUCUUUACCCCUUGGUGUAUAUCUGCUUGUGAUUCAGAAGGUCACACUAGGGAUCAUAUUUGUCAGUCUUGUUCCCUCCAGUCUUGUUAUGCUUAUGGUCUAUGGUUUCUGUCAGUGCUUAUGUCAUGAGUUUUUAGAUUGCAUAUCUUCAUGA